AUGGCCUCAGUUUGCAUAUCUAACUGUGUCAAUGAUACAAAUCUUCCCGUUCGACCAACCUUCUUAAACCUCUACAAGUGGCCAGAAUCUGAUGUAGAAUUUGUGAAGACAGUGAAGUCUAUUAAUGAAGUGGGUCCUCAUAGUAGAGCAAUUGAUAGUCUCUCAUGUAGGCAAAAGUACUUGAGGAGCUAUAAAUUCUCAAAGAAGAAAGUGGGUAUCCCUGAGAAGACCGUCAAGUGUUUGAUCACACUCAAGGAGAGUGUGGUUUGUGCUAGCAAUAGAUUAAAUUUCAAGGGUAAGUAUAAGGUUCUUGGGAGGGCCAAGAAUGUCACUGAUGCUGCUUUCUCAAUCUUUCACACCUUUCUACCUUGCUCUUCCAAGGUUCAUGUGCCUCAUCAUCGUUUCUAA